AUGUCGAUCAUGUUUAUGGCAUACCUGCCGCCGCCGACCAUACGCUCACAACUGGGACUACAGGGCAAAGUUGCGGAGCUCCGUCUCGAGCUGAACAGUGGUGGCAAGAAAGACAAGAACUUUACGGCCAAGAAGAUUGCGCUGAAGAAGAUCGUGGCCAACAUGACCAUGAGCAAUAAUGACAUGGUCGCCCUGUUUCCAGAUGUGAUAGGCUGCAUGCAUAUAGAGAGUCUGGAGAUCAAGAAGAUGUGUUUCCUCUUCCUCGUCAACUACGCCAGGAUGCGGCCGGAGAUUGCGAUAAAGGCCAUUCCCGUCUUGGAAUAUGAUAUGCGAGACUCAAACCCUUUGGUCAGGGCUCUAGCGUUACGGACCAUGUCUUAUAUCCAUGUGCGGGAAUUCGUCGAGGCGACGGUACCGAUCGUCAAGCAAAUGUUGAAGGAUUCAGAUCCAUACGUCAGGAAGACGGCAGCAUUCUGUGUUGCAAAGCUUUACGACCACGACAAGCAGAUGGUGGAGCAGUCAGACCUCAUUGACCGGCUCAACGGUUUACUGCGUGACGACAACCCGACCGUCGUGGCAAGUGCUCUUGCGUCGCUUAUGGAUAUUUGGGAGCGAAGUGACGCCAUCAAGCUUACGAUAGACUAUGGCAACGCUUCAAAGAUGGUUGCUAUUUUGCCGGACUGCUCAGAAUGGGGCCAAACAUACAUCUUAGAAGCAUUGAUGUCUUACCUGCCCGAGGACUCAGGGGAGGCUCUGCUGCUAGCCGAGAGAAUAGCCCCUCGGCUCUCCCAUUCUAAUUCAGCCGUUGUGCUCACGUGCAUCAGGGUCAUACUCUAUCUCAUGAACUACAUCUCAGACCAAAAACAGAUAUCCGCUCUUUGCAGAAAACUGUCGCCGCCACUGGUCACAUUGCUCGCCAAGGGCCCCGAGGUACAGUAUCUAGCUCUGAGAAACGCUCUGCUCAUCCUGCAGCGGCGUCCCGAGGUUUUGCGCAACGACAUCAGGGUCUUCUUUUGCAAGUACAACGAUCCAAUUUACGUCAAGGUCACUAAGCUGGAGCUCAUUUUCAUGCUAGCCAAUGAGAGGAACAUUGACGAGGUUCUCACAGAGCUGCGGGAGUACGCAACCGAGAUUGAUGUCCACUUUGUGCGGAAGGCAGUACGCGCAAUUGGCAAGUUAGCCAUCAAGAUUGAGCCAGCUGCACCGCGUUGUAUCGAUCUGCUGUUGGAGCUCGUUGCAACAAAAGUAACUUACAUUGUACAGGAGGCAACAGUGGUCAUCCGGAACAUCUUCCGCAAGUAUCCGAACCAGUACGAGUCAAUCAUUGGCACUCUGUGCGAACAUCUGGACUCACUGGACGAACCUGAGGCCAAGGCUGCCAUGGUGUGGGUCAUUGGUCAAUAUGCAUCUCGAAUCGAGAACAGUGAUGCUCUGCUUGAGGAUUUCCUAUACUCGUUCGCAGAUGAGCCCGUGGAGGUACAGCUUGCGCUGUUGACGGCAACGGUGAAGCUUUUCAUUCAACGCCCCACAAAGGGACAGGAGCUGGUCCCCAAGGUUCUCAAAUGGGCUACAGAGGAGACUGAUAACCCGGAUUUGCGCGACCGGGCAUACAUGUACUGGAGACUGCUGUCAACCGAUAUUGCUAUGGCCAAGCAAAUUGUCAUGGGCGAGAAACCCGCCAUUACGGCAGAAUCAGAGCGACUCGACCCGGUCACGCUUGAAGAGAUGUGUCUAAACGUUGGCACGCUAGCUACUGUCUACUUGAAGCCAGUACAGACCGUCUUCCGCUCGGCGCGCCCGAGACGCUUGCUUGACUCGCCUGCAUUACAGCGGCAACUACUGCCGCCUGGGUCGGGACCGCUCGCGCCACCAGGUCCCUAUGAGAACAAUAAGAGCCUUAGCAUGCUCGGUCAAGGAGGCAGGCCCGCUAAUGUUGAUCCCAGAGACGGGAGCCGGGGCAACGCUCCCGAUUCUAGCGGUGGGAACCUAGCCCAGGCAGUCAGUGAUGCCGACGCAUACUUUGCAGGCGUUGGGGCUCAAGCGAUGGCCAACAUGAGAGUCGAGGAGAGGGAUACAUUUGGGGGGACUGGCGGCGUCGACAUGGGUGGUGGAGGAUAUGUGGUCAACCAGUACAUGCCUCAAACUGUGCUGCAACCGGGCCAAGAUAAUAGGAACGGGGACUUGCUGAUGCUCUGA